GCCGCCCGAGUUCUCCGCCGGCCAGCCGGGCGUGCAGGAGCUGCCGCCGCCGCCGCCGCCCUACAUGCCCUCGCAGUACGCCUACAACCAGCUGGGCACCAACGGCCAGGCAGGAGCGGCGUAUCCCGCCACGGCCGAGGACGACCUCCCGCCGCCUCCCCCACCCGAUCUAUACGUGGACUCGUCCGAGUAUCCGCCAGAGCUGCCGGCACCGCCAUCUCCCGUCAGUUCGAGCUACUCCGAGUUACGGCGCGCCAAUCAGGGGGCGCCGCCGCCGACGUACCCAGCCAACCAGUUUGCGACCUACGCACCGGCGUCGCAAACGAGCUCCACCUAUGAGUCCAUCUACGAGCCGGUGCGGCCGCGGCCGGGCGGGUCGGCGGCCACGCACCACCCGUACCCGCUGCACGGGCCGGUGGUGGCGCCAGGCGCGCAGGGCCUGGCGCCGGCGCCCAGCAGUCAGCCCAUCACCAACCCGGACCGAACCGGUCGCGAGGCGGAGGUCGACUCGCUCACCAGUCUGCUGGUGCACGGACUCGACAACCCCCAGCCAGACUUCUUCGGCAUGUGCACCAAGUGCGGCGACAAGGUGGUGGGCGAGGGCACCGGCUGCACCGCCAUGGAGAAGGUGUUCCACGUGAGCUGCUUCUCUUGCCACGUGUGUCAGGUGCUGCUGCAAGGCCGGCCGUUCUUCGCCGUCGAGAGCAAGCCGCACUGUGAGGAGUGCUACAUGGACACCCUGGAGCGCUGCAGCGUGUGCACCAAGCCGAUCCUGGACCGCAUCCUGCGCGCUACGGGCAAGCCGUAUCACCCGCAGUGCUUCACGUGCGUGGUCUGCGGCCGCUCGCUGGACGGCGUCUGCUUCACUGUCGAUGCCGCCAACCAGAUCCACUGCAUCGAGGACUUCCACAGGAAAUUCGCCCCCAAGUGCAGCGUGUGUAACGACCCGAUCAUGCCGGAGCUGGGCCAGGAGGAGACGGUGCGCGUGGUGGCGCUCGACCGCAGCUUCCACGUGCUCUGCUACAAGUGUGAGGACUGUGGCCUGGUGCUCUCCUCGGAGGCCGAGGGGCGCGGCUGUUACCCGCUAGACGGCCACGUCCUCUGCAAAAACUGCAACGCUAAGCGAGUGCGCGCCCUCACGUCUAAGAUGACGACAGAACUUUAGGUUGUCGUGCUGCCUCACAGGUGACGCUGCUGUCUGAAUUCGUUUGACGCCACCCACAUCCUUUUAUCGGUAUUGUAUGCGGAUGCUGCUGAAUCGCGCUCACGCUUUGUCGCCACGAAUGCCUCGAGGACAGCGGUGCUCUUGCGACUUGACGUCACAUUGGUGAGGAAGGUCAAUACGAAUCGAAGCGUCGCCGGUGACGGUCAAGUCAGGUCAUGAAGUUUGGCAUCGGAGCCAAACCAGCGAGUACCAGGACAGAACCCGAGCGUGAUCGGCUCGGUAUAUUCCAUGUCUCUCCGUGGCUCUGUGCCAGAUCGGGGGACGCUGAUGGGCACCGAUGACGUGUUGCGCGUUUAUCUUGGCUGGAUUAGUAUCGUGUGAACUGAACCGGAUGUCGUUCUGGGCGUACUACGUCGUUUGUGCCAUCGCUUUGUUUGGCCUCACCAAUGGAGGCAUUGCAUCCGAAUUAAACACGUCGAUGAUUAGCUCCGGUCCGAUGCUCUGCAUGUCAGCACGCUGAGCAACUGUGCCCGAAAUAGUGGGCAAGCGACGAAUGUUUGCCGUGAUCACUGUCGCCUGACGUGCGCCGCUUCUAUAGGUCCGCCACUAUUGCCGCCUGCGAUAAUCUGCUUUUCGUGUAUUCCAGUGCCCUUAUGACGUUGACCUGUGGGUAUUGUAUUGUGUCCAUUCCUGGUAGGUUUGAACAGUGAACUGCUAUGUUGCGCGUCGGCUUAAGCCGUCGAUUAUGAUAAGUCACAACGUCUGGUGACACUUUCAAUAUUUCUUAAUGUAUUAUAUAUAAAUGAACUUUCAUGUGUUCAUCAUC